CGAACCCGCAUCUCCUAAGACGACGAACUAGCUGGCUUUUCCUGCUUUAACUGUUUCUGCACCACCAUGGAAGCCCAAAUCCGACAUUUCUGUCGGCCGGAGCCACCGUACUGAAGCCGAAAGGAAGAAAAGACAUUUUUUUUUUUCUUUCUACGAAGUGGUGGGCGGUCCCCCACACACCACAUUAAAAACCUCCCCAGCGCUGGCCUUUCCCCAGACAACGCGAGAUCCUGUGCCAGGACGUGACUUCACACACCCCUCCCCCCGCCUAGAUACUCAGUGCGCAUGCGUGCAGCGUUUUGGCGCGCAAACGGGUUUCAAAACUUCCUGCUUGGUCACAGGUGGCCAAAUCCGGCCCCUGUGGCUUGUCCGUCAGCGUUCAAGCCCGCAGCAUUCCGUUCUUAGGGAUUUUCGUUCGAAAUUCCACUCUACUGUAGCUCGCCCCCACUUUUCUGUUCGUAGACGGGUCAUGAGUUCUUGAGAGGCUUCAGCGAAUCAAAUAGGCAGAGCGGGAGUGGGCGAGCCCAUCACGGUUUUAAAAUAAAAUGUUGAGUUUUAGUUGUACAGAGUGAUAGCUCUGUGAGCAGCAUAAAUAAAUAAGUCUGAGGGACGAAAGCUUUUUUUUUUAUUGAAGACCUUGAGAGGCUGUGAAUGUGGACAGAGGGAUGAAGAUGGGAAAUUUUAAAGAUGGAAGAGGGCACGUGGAACACCUGCGCAAACUGGAUUUUUGCCCUACAACGUCUCAAAGGUUUGUAAGUUCAAAGAAUAUAACCCCUGGUUGAAGGUUUGAGGUAACAGUAGGAAGCGGGCUGUGAGCUGAGGGAAGGCAGAGGACAUGAAUGUGUUCCGAGGGUUUCCUGGUGGUUUAUGGCAUCUUCCAGAGUCCUGUCUGAGAGCUGCUUCUGACCAAGAAGACCUACAGAGACUGUCUCUGAAAUCAAGUCCCCAUGAAGAACUAAGAGGAAAAGAAUGACUAUGGUUUUUGCUCACAGAAUGGAGAAUGACCAGCCGCCUGUGCUUACUGCUACCCCGCUGGUGCCCCUUCAGAACCACAGCUGCGUGGAAGCAGCUGAGGCCCUGCUGCCCGGUGGCCUGGUGGAAUUCCAUGAGGAACACAGCUGGAUGAGCAACAGGACAGACCUUCGGUAUAGACUGAACCCUGGAGAGGUGGCUACAGCCAGCAUUUUCUUUGGCGCUCUGUGGUUGUUCUCUAUCUUUGGCAAUUCCCUGGUGUGUCUGGUCAUCCACAGGAGCCGGAGGACUCAGUCCACCACCAACUACUUUGUGGUGUCCAUGGCGUGUGCUGACCUUCUCAUCAGUGUGGCCAGCACGCCUUUCGUUGUGCUGCAGUUCACCACGGGACAGUGGACCCUCGGCAGUGCCAUGUGCAAGGUCGUGCGCUACUGCCAGUAUCUUACUCCGGGCGUCCAGAUCUACGUGCUCCUCUCCAUCUGCAUAGACCGCUUCUACACCAUCGUCUACCCACUGAGCUUCAAGGUGUCCAGGGAAAAGGCCAAGAAGAUGAUCGCAGCCUCCUGGAUCUUAGAUGCAGCCUUUGUGACCCCCGUCUUCUUUUUCUACGGCUCCAGCUGGGACAGCCAUUGUAACUACUUCCUCCCUUCCUCCUGGGAAGGAACCGCCUAUACUGUCAUCCACUUCUUGGUGGGCUUUGUGAUUCCCUCUGUCCUCAUCAUCUUAUUCUACCAGAAGGUCAUAAAAUACAUCUGGAGAAUAGGCACUGAUGGGCGGACCCUGAGGAGGACGAUGAAUAUCGUCCCCAGGACAAAGGUGAGAACUGUUAAGAUGUUUCUCCUCUUGAACGUAGUGUUUCUGUCCUCCUGGCUGCCUUUCCAUGUGGCUCAGCUCUGGCACCCCCACGAGCAAGACUACAAGAAGAGCUCCCUUGUCUUCACAGCGGUCACGUGGGUGUCCUUUAGCUCUUCCGCCUCGAAGCCCACUCUCUACUCGAUUUAUAAUGCCAAUUUUCGGAGAGGGUUGAAAGAGACUUUCUGCAUGUCCUCGAUGAGAUGCUACCGCAGCAACGCCUACACCAUCACAGCCAGCUCGAGGAUGGCCAAAAGAAACUAUGUCGGCAUUUCAGAAAUCCCCCCCGUGAGCAGGACGGUAACCAAAGACUCCGUCUACGACUCAUUUGACCGAGAGGCCAGGGAAAAGAAGCUUGCCUGGCCCAUCAAUUCAAACCCACCAAACACUUUUGUCUAAUUUCUAAGAAUUCUUUCACUGUUAUGUGCCAGAAAUUAAGAAGCUUUAAAUACAUAAAGAGGGAAGUGAUUAACGCUGUUUUCACUCAGCUGUCUGUUCUGUAAAGUGCAUCCACUGUUGAUUACGGUUCCUGUGGAUCUUGUUGGUCAGUAGUGUGCCCACUGUUAGUUGCCCAUGAAAAGUUCUUUUGUGGGCUGGAGAGAUGGCUCAGUGGUUAAGAGCAGUGGUUGGUCUUCCAAGGACCCAAGUCCAAACCCCAGCACCCACGUGACAGCUCACAGCCACCUGUAGUUCCAGUUUCAGGGGAGUCAGUGACCUCUUUUGGCCUCUCGGAACACUACACGCUUGUGCACAGACACUUACGUUGGCAAAGCACCUUUACACAUAAAAUUUUUAAAAAGCAAAAA